AUGAAUUGGCAUAAAGGACGAGGGCAGUGUGUUAAAAUGCAAGAACUAAAGCGUCUUGCUGAUUAUGAUGAAGAAGAAAUAAUUAAGAAAAUUCACCUCGUGCUUUCUUCGAUGUCGGGAAUAAUAAAAAUUAUUUUAAAGCUCCUUAAACACGCUCUUUUAUGUACAUCUUCAGCUGAGAAUGAAGAAGCUAUAGUCAAGCUUGAAAGGAAAACAUUUUUCACAAAGGGAUCGGAAUGA